AUGGCCCGAUCACGGACGCCCAAACCCGCCGAGAGUGGGAGCAGCGCCGUUGCCCCUCCUCCCACCGCCUCGAAGAACAAGUCCAAGAAGUCCAAGGCCUCGCAGUCGUAUGCGUCCGAGGGCGUAGAGGACCAUGACGUCUUCCUCCUACCAAGCUCGGAUUACCAGGUGAUGCUUGGUAUUACCGUGAUUUCUGCUAUUGUGAGGCUGUUUAGGAUUUACCAACCUACUAGCGUCGUCUUUGAUGAGGUCCAUUUCGGUGGAUUCGCGACAAAAUACAUCAAGGGCAAAUUCUUCAUGGAUGUACAUCCUCCCCUGGCCAAGAUGCUGAUUGCCCUUACAGGCUGGCUCGCUGGCUUCAAGGGUGACUUCGACUUCAAGGAGAUUGGAAAGGAUUAUAUUGAGCCUGGUGUACCUUACGUCGCCAUGCGUCUGUUCCCUGCUAUUUGCGGUAUUCUGCUGGCUCCCACCAUGUUCUUGACUCUCAAGGCCACUGGAUGCCGAACUGUGACUGCUGCUAUGGGUGCUCUCUUCAUUGUUUUUGAGAAUGGUCUCUUGACUCAGGCCCGCCUCAUCCUCCUCGACUCGCCUCUCAUGAUUGCCACUGCCUUCACCGCCAUGGCAUUUUCGUCCUUCACCAACCAGCAUGAGCAGGGUCCUGAGAAGGCCUUCCAGCUUAGCUGGUGGUUCUGGCUCGCCUUGACCGGCCUCGGUCUAGGCGUCACGGUCAGCAUCAAGUGGGUUGGUCUGUUCACCAUUGCCUGGGUUGGCAGCUUGACCUUGGUUCAGCUCUGGGUUCUUCUCGGCGACACCAAGAACGUCUCUGUCCGUCUUUGGUUCAAGCACUUCCUCGCCCGCGCCUUCUGCCUCAUCGUUAUUCCCCUCACCUUCUACAUGGCGAUGUUCGCGAUCCACUUCCAGUGUCUGCGCAACCCCGGCGACGGCGACGGUUUUAUGAGCUCCGAGUUCCAGUCCACUCUUAACUCGAAGGGAAUGCGUGACGUCCCCGCCGAUGUCAUGCUUGGCAGCCGAGUCACCAUCCGCCACGUCAACACCCAGGGCGGCUACCUCCACUCGCACCCCUUGAUGUACCCUACGGGAAGCAAGCAGCAACAGAUCACUCUGUACCCCCACAAGGAUGACAACAACCGCUGGCUGCUCGAGAACCAGACUCAGCCUCUCGAUAUCCAUGGCGAGCCUAUUAACGGCACCCAUGCCUGGGAUAGCCUCCCCGAGCCUCAGUACAUCAAGAAUGGUGCUAUCCUCCGUCUCUACCACACCGCCACCCACCGCCGCCUCCAUUCCCACGAUGUCCGGCCCCCUGUCACGGAAGCUGACUGGCAGAAUGAGGUUUCGGCGUACGGUUACGAGGGCUUCGAGGGCGAUGCCAACGACUACUUCCGCAUCGAGAUUGUUAAGUCCAAGUCUAAGGGUGCUGUGGCCAAGGAGCGACUCCGAACCAUCCAGACCAAGUUCAAGCUCGUCCACGUCAUGACUGGCUGUGUCCUCUUCUCGCACAAGGUCAAACUUCCUGACUGGGCUUCUGAGCAGCAGGAGGUUACUUGCGCCCGUGGUGGUACUCUUCCCAACUCCCUCUGGUAUGUCGAGUACAACGAGCAUCCUCAGCUCGGCGAUAACGCCGAGAAGGUGAACUACGCCAACCCUGGAUUUCUCGGCAAGUUCUUUGAGCUCCACAAGGUUAUGUGGAAGACCAAUGCCGGUCUUACGGACUCUCACGCGUGGGAUUCGCGCCCCGAGUCGUGGCCCAUCCUCCGUCGCGGUAUCAAUUUCUGGGGCCGCAACCACCGCCAAGUCUACCUCCUCGGAAACCCGGUCGUCUGGUGGAGCUCUACUCUUGCUGUCGUCGUUUAUGUUCUUUUCAAGGGCAUCGCCGUCCUCCGAUGGCAGCGCAGCUGCGGCGACUACAACCACGUCCUUUUCAAGCGCUUCGACUACGAGAUUGGCACAUCAGUCCUCGGCUGGGCGUUCCACUACUUCCCAUUUUACCUCAUGAAGCGCCAGCUCUUCCUGCACCACUACUUCCCGGCCCUUUACUUCGCCAUUGUCGCCUUCUCCCAGGUGUUUGACUUCUUGACCGCCCGUACCGCUCCUGGUACUGGCGCUCGCGGCGGCAGCAUCUUUAACAAGACCGGCGCCGUUGUUCUGCUAGCCCUUUCCGUUGUCGUCUUUGGUCUAUACUCGCCCCUUGCUUAUGGCAACACUUGGACUAAGGCCCAGUGCAAGCGCGUCAAGCUUUUCCCUACUUGGGACUUUGACUGCAACACUUUCCUCGAGAGCUACGACGCAUACAACAGCUUGCCCGCCCCUAGCUCGAGCGCUGCGCAGUCCACUUCCGCCAAGCCCGUCGAGGCCAAGCAGCCUCCUCCUCAGGUCCCCGUGGCCCAAGAUGCGCAGCCGGCCGUGGGAGAGCAGGCGGGUAUUAGCGGUGCGCCUGCCGUACCGGCGGGUCAGCGCAUCCUCGCCCAGGAGGAGCGGAUAGAGUACCGCGACCAGGACGGCAACCUCCUCGACGAAGAGCAGGUCAAGGCCCUCGAGGGCAAGGUCGAGUUCAAGACGCGCUACGAGACCCGCACGCGCAUUGUCGACCAGGACGGCAAUGAGGUCAUUCUGGGCGAAGACGGCCAGCCCAUCCCCCAGGAAUAUGCGCCCCCUCACCCGGACGUCGACGGCGUUGACCCCAACACCAAGAAGUCGCUCGGCCGCCCCGACGACCCGAUCCCCCGCGAGGAGGUUCCCAGCAGGGAGGGCAAGGCUGAAGCUAAGGCUAGCGAGGCGAAGCCUGCUAGUGAGGGAAAUGAGGCGACUGGUCAGGGUGCCGUUGUUGAGGAGAAGGCGGAGGAGCCGGCGGUGGUGGUGGAAGAUGUCGUGGUAGAGGACAUUGCUGCUUGA